AUGAAAAUUCCAAGUUCGGUUAUAUUUUCACUUUGUGUUAAAACAACUGAAGAUAUUGUCGGCCCUAUUAAGACGGAGUUUAAAUUGCAUAAAGUUGUUUGGGGGUUUAAUAUUGAAGUUCCUUGCACCGACGGAGAUCAAGUAAUGCAUAUGCCAAUGGAAAUAACAACAUCUGUACCUUCAGGAGAAUAUUCUGUUGAAAUCAAAUUAACAUCCUACACAGGUCAAAAAGGAUGUGUCAAAAUAACCAAGAUUAAAGUUGAAAAUUAA